AUGACCUACCUCAACGCGUCCACGGUCGUCGAGGUCAACCCGGCCACCGCCUUCGGCUCCUCUAGCCUUGCGGUCAAGCCAAUUUUGGUGGAGCCGCCCAAAACCUUAAUUCGCCCACCGUCCAUCGGCACGAACCUCGUCGGCGGCUCAAGACUCCUGGACUUUGUCAGCGCUUCGUCGACGGCGUCCAUCGAGUCCAUCCCUAGCCAGUCGCCCAUCAAGGCAUCGCUCGACGUCGUGCCCAUCAAGACAUCGCUCGACGUCGUGCCCAUCAAGACGCCCCUCGACGUCGUGGCGACGCUCGAGCUCCCCAAGGCCGACGAAGCAGACCUCGUCGGCAUCUCAAGCCUCCUGAACAUCAGCAGCACUUCGCCGACGGCGUCCAUCCCCAGCCAGUCACCCAUCAAGACGUCGCUCGACGUCGUGACGACGCUCGAGCACUCCUACGAUGACCAGUCCUCGUCCUGGCGCCCGCCGUCGAAGGCGUUGGCAGUUCUGGUGGCUCUCGGUGUUGUUGGCACUUUGGGCGAGAUUCAGCCCGACGCCGACUGCGCACGGCUUAAGCAGGGCUUGCGUGGCCCUUCUACCGAGUGUGACUGCCUCAACUUCGCCCAAUUUCCCGACGGCGUCGGCGUCGACGCCUAUCCGGACUGGGUGCAGCCGUGUGGUGCUAGGGUUAACGGGAAAAAGGCUCCUGGUAGUGCUGGGCCAGGUGCAGUUGGAGAAUCGCGCCACGGCGUGGCGAAAAACUGCCCCAACUUUCUAGCGCACGAGGAGCUGUUUCUAGGACAGCCCGUCUUUGGCGGCGUCCAUAAGGGCACGUCAAGCAAGUCGUGCGGCGUGCUCGGCAAGCCUACCGAUUGUGACUGCAUCAACUUCGUGCAACUGCCCGAAGGCGUCGGCCUCGACGCCUAUCCGGACUGGAAGCAACCGUGUCGUGCUAGAGUGCAGGGGAAAAAGCCUCCUAAAGGCGCUCCCCCUGGGACGAUUGGAGAAUCACCGCACGGCGUGGCGACGACCUGCUCCAACUAUUUAGCGUACAAGGAUCUGUUCCCACGGGAGAAAGUUUUUGCCGGCGUCUGUAAGAGCACCCACUCGGGCCCGUCGGGCAAGCAAGCCAAGACGCCGCUGCCACUAUCCCAGGAGAUCAUGAACGGCGUGGACGCGGGCCUCCCUCGCAUCAAGACGCUGUUCAACGUCCUCGAGCGCUACCGGCCCAUCCUCUCGACGAUCAUCCCGGCCGUCGACGAGAGCCCUAAUGUCCGCUCCGCGCGCGAGGCCUGGAUCAAGCUGCUGCAGGGCGCGAAGAGUUGCGAGGGCUCGACGCCGAUAGAGUACAAGAUGUUCGACAUCGAGAAAAUGCAGAAGACGCCGUGGGGGCAGGCGUUGCGCGAGGCUGCGCCCAACUCAACUUUCACGACGCUUGCGUUCUUUAUUUAUUUUAACACAGGCGCGACGAGGGCAAGGAGGGCGAGGCCGUCGCGCGCGAGGCGGUCCAGCUCGGCAUCGUCACGGCGACGUUGAAACGGGGCCUGGCCUUCGGCGACCUCAAGGUGGUGCUGGAUGAUGCGGAGACGAGAGGCCUCGGCGAAGACCGUGUCCGCAACGACCUGACGAGGACGCUGGGCCACGGCGACAAGCUGUGCGUCUACGGCCUUUACCCGGAGCGUGAUUUGUUGGAGUACUGCAAGUGCCUCGACGGCGUGGACUACAUCAACGUCCACGGGGCCGUGUGUCACGCGAUGGGCAUGGACCCGCAUGGCUAUCACCGGAGGCCCGGCUUCGUGGCGCCCUGCCCGAUCGCAAGCAGCGGGGAAAUGAUGGAGCAGCUGCGGAACGGCGUGUACGCUGAGGUCGUAAAGGACUGGAACGUCACGAGCUACCCGCACGUGGCGGCGCGCUCGCGCCUCGUGGACAAAAAAAAGGGCAAGGUCGACGACCCGUCGUUCAUGGCGUUGCUGGCGGCGGAUUUCGCCAAUGCCGGUUUGGACGGGUUGCGGGCGGCCUGGACGGGGACCGACGCGUUCCUGGAGGGCAAGGUCGUGACGCUGCCGCCGCGGCCCACGGAUCUCAAGAGCUGGUACGUGGACAACCCCUCGUACGACGUGCCUCGGGAGCAGCGCCCCGACUACCAGGAACCGAAGAAGCCCUCCAAGAAGAAGGAGGUGAAGACGGCGGCCAUCCCCGACGUCGCUUUCAACGAGUCGACCUUUGUCUUCGAGGGCUGCGAGCAUUACAUCCGCGACGUGGUCUCCGUGGACGGCGUGAUCUGCGUGGACCACUAUCAGAAGGCCCUCGACAAAGGGGACUUCAUUACGUUGGUCCGGACGCCGUUGGAAGAGCUCAUGUCCAACGGGACGACGUCGGCGCCGGCGCCUGGCGCCAUGCAGGCGCCGCCGAACUUCGGGAAGGACAUCCGCAGCUAUUUCGCGCCCGCCGCCACCGCUUCGGCCGCAGCGCCGACGGCGGGCGAGGCGCUCCCUGCCGCUGGCACGGAUUUUCCGAAGAUCCCGUUCAACCCGCGGGACUUCGACCUCAAGCCCGGUGCAACGGUCCCGACCACGCAGCCCACGAAGAAUAUUAGAUGGGCGUUGCGAUUGACGGAGUUACAAAUGGACGAGGAUGGCGACGCCAAAAACAUGUGGAGACCGAGACAGAGACAGUCCGCACUCCGGCAGGCCGCCGCGGCGACGGCGCGGCGCGUCGUCGCACCGGUCGUCGAACCGGCCUCGCCGCCCGGCUCGCCGCAGCACGAGUCGUCUUCGACGCCGACGCCGUUCCAGCCCGAGGUCACGGACCUCACCUACUCGCCGCCGCCGCCGCGGACGCCGUCCCAGGAGCGCGAGGUCAUCGACGUCACGGCCGACUCGCAGCCGUCGCCGAAGCUGUCGCCGACGCUGCCGCCGUCGCUGUCGCCCUCUGAGCCCAUGGUCACGGACUCGCCGCCGUCGCCGACGCCGUCGCCGGCGCUGUCGCCGACGCUGCCGCCGUCGCUGCCGCCGUCGCUGCCGCCCUCUGAGCCCAUGGUCACGGACUCGCAGCCGUCGCCGACGCUGUCGCCGAUGCUGCCGCGCCGAGUGCUGUCGCCGCCGACGACGUUGUCGCCGACGCCGCCGCUGCCGCCGUCGCCCCCCCAGUCCAUCACGGACCUCACCUACUCGCCGCCGCCGUCGCCGACGCUCUCGCCGACGCCGCGCUCGCCGCCGCCGCGCGCGCCCGCGGCGCGCGCGCCGCGGGCGGAGUCCGUCGCGCCGCCGGGGCUGGCCACGAAGAGACACCGCCCACCCCAGCGCACGACGAAGGUGCCGCGCAAGCGGGUGCGCCUCAACCCCGCCGAGGAGCCCGACCCGGUGGCCCUGGCGUGAGGGCGCUUCUCCCUUCCCCGACGUUCCUCUCUCAUUCCCCGCCCCUUGAUCCCCCGGCCUCCCGUUAUCUCUCGGGUAAGGCUUUCGUGUGAA